UUGUACAAGGUGUACAAUACCGUAACGGUGGUCAGCAUAGCAGAGAGGUGGUGUCGGGAAGGUGGUUGACACGCCUUCAUAUCUUUGAGAUGAUCGAAAGCGUAUCGCGGAGAGCGUUGAGUGGCUCCAGCGGGAGCUACCACGUUCGCGGUGCCGAGUUAGCAAGGAAUCGUAGAUUGAAAUCACUGUCCGCUACGGUCGUUUUUCUCGACGACACGCAACAUACAUUUCAACUGGAUAAGAGAGCAAAAGGUCAAGCACUGCUGGAUUUAGUAUUUCAACAUUUAGAACUGGUCGAGAAAGACUAUUUUGGUUUGCAGUAUGCAGAAAAUGGAGCCACAGCCUGUACAUAUUCGCCGGAUAUAAUGAGAUGGUUAGACCCUACUAAACCAGUCAAGAAGCAGAUACGAAGUGGACAGUUCUAUUUUAAAGUGAAGUUCUAUGUAUCCGAUCCUAGCAAAUUGCAAGAAGAAUACACUAGGUACCAAUUUUACCUGCAAAUACGAAGGGAUAUUCUUCAAGGGAAACUCCAGUUACCACCAAGUACAGCAUGUCUUAUUGCCAGCUAUACGGUUCAAUCUGAGUUAGGCGAUUAUCACCCCGAAGAACAUGGUCCAGGAUAUCUUUCUAGGUUGCAGUUAAUACCAGGUCAGACCGAAGAAAUGGAGAAAAAGAUAUCGGAAUUACAUAAACUUCAUAAGGGUCAACUACCAGCUGACGCAGAAUUCAAUUUUUUAGACCAUGCAAAACGAUUAGAUAUGUAUGGAGUAGAAUUGCACAAGGCGAGGGAUUCAACAAACAAAGAAAUACAAUUAGGCGUAACAUCUAUAGGUUUGGUGGUAUUUCAGAACGGAUUAAAGAUCAAUGUGUUCUCGUGGUCGAAAAUCGUUAAAAUCUCAUUUAAACGGAAACAGUUUUUCAUUCAACUCAGACGGGAACAGUCCGAAAACUACGAUACAUUACUGGGAUUCAACAUGCAGACAUAUCGUAGUUCUAAGAACUUGUGGAAAGCAUGCGUGGAGCAUCACACGUUCUUCAGACUUCAUAGCCCGAAAAUGAGGUCUAGGCGUUUUCCCCUUACCUUGAGCAGUAGAUUCACUUAUUCGGGACGUACAGAAUUUCAGACGGUCGAAGAUGGCAAGCACAGAGCAAGAGUGGAGAGAACAUUCAUACGAUCCCCUAGUAAGAGAUUGGUCCACGGAGUCACGUCAGCUGCGCUUAUAGAUGAUAAAGGAAAAUUAACCGUACUUCCUGGAAGACCUCCGAGGCCGUACGACAACAAAGUUCAGUCUCUCGGUGCUCGUGAGCCUCGUCAAGCAUGGGGCGAAGGCAAUCCUAGCGAUGACGAGGGUGGUUUCUUAUCUCUUCGGGACGAAAUAACGGGUUCGCAUACACAGGGCAAUGCAUUUUCUCCUGUACUAGGUUCGAGAGUCCUAAGUUACGCAGACGACGAUACAACCGCUGAAAGAAAUAUUUACGACCUACCUGAUUAUAGUGAACCUACUAGUUCGCCCGCUCCUCAGAUCGUGGAAGAUGGAUUGGUGACAAUCACUCUAACGCCAGAUGAACAAGGUCGAUUUGGGUUCAACGUGAAAGGCGGCUUAGACCUCGAUAUGCCUAUUUUAGUAUCUAGGGUAGCACCGAACACACCGGCUGAUCGUUGUUAUCCGAAGUUAAACGAAGGAGAUCAGGUAGUGUACAUCAAUGGGAUCGAUGUGAGUGGAUUAUUACACGAGCACGUAGUAAAUUUAAUUCGUCAGUCUCGUGAUUCGGGUUCCGGUGAGCUGACGUUAACUGUGAGACCGAAUGCUUUGUAUAAUGCACUGGCUGGUACCGAUGAAACGUCCGAAGAGGAACCUCCAUAUAGAUACGUACCAGACGCACCUCACGCCGCUAUUGGAUCGGAUGCAUUGGCGCAGUCGAUGUUGCUUCUCGCCGAUGGUCUCGCGAGUGGCGCUCUAAUAGCCCAGUACGAGCAGCUGUACCGGAAAAAUCCGGAGCUCACCUCUCUGGAAUCGAAGAAACCAGAGAAUCAGAGCAAAAAUCGUUAUCGUGAUAUUUCACCGUACGAUGUUACACGGGUGAUACUUAUGGGCUCUACGAACGGGGAUUACAUCAACGCCAACUAUGUGAACAUGGAAAUCCCAGGGUCGGGGAUUAUCAACAGAUACAUCGCCACUCAAGGACCUUUGUCGUCCACUGUCGCUGACUUCUGGCAGAUGGUUCUAGAGGCGGGCAGCACCCUUGUCGUCAUGCUGACGACAUUGGUCGAACGUGGCCGAGCGAAAUGCCAUCAGUAUUGGCCGGCGCUCAACGAAACUCUUACGCUGCGGAAUCUCACACUUACUUCUGCCGUUGAGAACGUCGAAGACACGUUUAUAUUUAGGGAAUUUAUACUCCGCGAUAUAAACACUGGAGAAGAAAGAGAUAUAACACACAUGCAGUACUGUAGUUGGCCGGAUCAUGGGGUACCCAACGAUUGGCGACAGUUCACAACUUUCACCGAACGGGUGCGGGCAGCUCGGACAGGGAUUGUAGAACCCGCUGUCGUUCAUUGUUCGGCUGGAAUCGGUAGAACAGGUGUUUUAGUAUUAAUGGAGACUGCGCUGUGUCUUAUCGAAGCGAAUCAACCAGUGUAUCCAUUAGACAUUGUACGCUCUAUGAGAGACCAGAGGGCGAUGAUGAUACAAAAUGCUGUAAGUCUGAAAUUGUUUUAA